UAAAAUCAUAAAAAUAGUCCUUCAUGAGCGCCAGUAGAAAUGACGAGCAAUGUAAUGACGUAAUAUGUGCGCGACAGGCAGCUGAGAAGCGUCCUGUAGUCCACCCAGUCGUUUCAUCGCCAAAAUGGGGACACAGGUAAAAGACGUGAUUAUUAAACCUGAUGCUCCAAGCACUGUCCUUCUGGACAAGCAUGCGGACUAUAUUGCAGCUUAUGGCUCCAAGAAGGACGAUUAUGAGUACACACUAUCUGAGUACUUAAGAAUGAGUGGCAUCUACUGGGGCCUGACAGUAAUGGACCUGAUGGGUCAGCUCUCCCGAAUGAAUCGUGAGGAGAUCAUAGAGUUUAUCAAGUCAUGCCAGCAUGACUGUGGAGGCAUCAGUGCCAGCAUUGGCCAUGACCCUCAUCUCCUCUACACCCUCAGUGCUGUACAGAUCCUCUGCUUGUAUGAUAGCAUUAAUGCCAUUGAUGUCGGCAAAGUGGUGGAUUAUGUUAAAGGACUGCAGCAAGAGGAUGGCUCAUUCGCAGGAGAUAAAUGGGGGGAAAUAGAUACACGGUUUUCCUUUUGUGCCGUUGCAACGUUGGCACUACUGGGAAAGUUGGAUGCUAUCAACGUAGACAAGGCAGUGGAGUUUGUGCUGUCCUGUAUGAACUUUGAUGGUGGAUUUGGUUGUAGGCCUGGCUCAGAGUCACAUGCUGGUCAGAUUUACUGUUGCACAGGCUUCUUGUCCGUCACUGGACAGCUGCAUCAGGUUAAUGCAGAUCUGUUGGGUUGGUGGCUCUGUGAAAGACAGUUGCCAUCAGGAGGCCUAAAUGGGAGACCAGAGAAGCUGCCUGAUGUCUGCUAUUCCUGGUGGGUGCUUGCCUCUCUAAAGAUCAUUGGCAGAAUCCACUGGAUUGACAAAACCAAACUGCGCAAUUUUAUUCUUGCCUGCCAGGAUGAAGAGACUGGAGGGUUUGCUGAUAGGCCUGGAGACAUGGUGGAUCCGUUCCACACUUUGUUUGGUGUGGCUGGACUGUCUUUGCUGGGAGAUGAGCAGAUCAAACCAGUAAACCCUGUGUUUUGCAUGCCUGAAGAUGUGCUUCAGAGGAUCGGCCUUCAACCAGACUUGCUGAGUUGAAAUACGUGGCCGUUUCAUUUCCCUCCUACCCGUGUGCAGCCAGCCCUGUUCUGAAAUGGGGAAACCAGCAAACCGUUGAGAGCGCCGCAUAUUGCUGUCAUCUUCAACUAAUAAUAGGUGUACCCUUCAGAAGGACUUGAGAAACUUGGCUGUAAAAAGACUUAACUGUGUCCUUUUGUUUUAAGUAUUGUUCUUGUCAUUAUGUAUGCGCAGUAUGUGUGAUGACCUUUAUGUCUGAGAUUUGUGGCUUUCACUGUGCGUGUUCAAAUAUAAGUUUACUUAUAUUAAUAAUUCAAGAGGUCAUUUUUUUAUUAAGCUACAUUUAAUGAGCGUUUAAUAUAUAAGAAAAGUGUGUUAUAUGUGAUAACUUUUUCAAAAUAAGUAUGCAAGACCGCACUACUGUAGCAUAAAAGCGCAGUAUAAUCAAAAUGUGGAUUACAUGCAUGCAAAUGUUAUUUUUUUGUGCAAAAUCUUUAAUUUGGUUCACACUCACCUUUACAACUGGCGCAUGUUUGUGAAGAUGGUCUGUUUGGGUAGAAUAAAUGUUCAAACCCUGAUAAAUUGCUUAACUAGUGUUGUUAAUAUACACUCACCUAAAGGAUUAUUAGGAACACCUGUUCAAUUUCUCAUAAAUGCAAUGGUGUGAUGUUGUUGGGGAUGUUUUCUUGGCACACUUUAGGCCCCUUAGUGCCAAUUGGGCAUCAUUUAAAUGCCACGGCCUACCUGAGCAUUGUUUCUGACCAUGUCCAUACCUUAAUGACCACCAUGUACCCAUCCUCUGAUGGCUACUUCCAGCAGGAUAAUGCACCAUGUCACAAAGCUCGAAUCAUUUCAAAUUGAUUUCUUGAGUUCACUGUACUAAAAUUGCCCCCGAAGUCACCAGAUCUCAACCCAAUAGAGCAUCUUUGGGAUGUGGUGGAAAGGGAGCUUCGUGCCCUGGAUGUGCAUCCCACAAAUCUCCAUCAACUGCAAGAUGCUAUCCUAUCAAUAUGGGCUUCGAAUUUCUAAAGAAUGCUUUCAGCACCUUGUUGAAUCAAUGCCACGUAGAAUUAAGGCAGUUCUGAAGGUGAAAGGGGGUCAAACACAGUAUUAGUAUGGUGUUCCUAAUAAUCCUUUAGGUGAGUGUAUUAAUGCUUUGAGGCACACUUAAAUUAGUUUUUUAUUAACAUCACUGGCACAAAGUUUUAGUAGUUUGUGUACAAGGUACAAAAAUGUCACAUUUAUAUUAUGAACAAAUUAUAGCUGGCUUCUUAUGUCA